AAAAAUAAGUGGCAUGAGGACCCUUCGAGCUCCUCUGUAUUUCAACCGAGCCAUAAAGCUAGUGUUGGGGCACAGUUCUGGCAAAAGAUUAGGGAAGAGUAUAAACUGGCCGAAAUGAUUAAUGAACCUUCGGUUCACAAUUAUCAACCGACACUCACGAAUGGAAGGAAUAACGUUAAUGUAAGCAGAACUACUAAUGGUGGAACUUUCAAUUCCGGACCGUCUGAAAAAAAUAUAUCAAAAAGAGAUCGGGAAGAG